AUCUUGCAGAUCCUGAAUCAGAAUGUGCACGUAAUUUUUUGUAUUCGUGAGAAUUACUCUCCAAUGUGUUUGGACUUCCAAAGGUAGGACAAGUCAAAGAUGAACAUUUUGUGUAGAAGGCUUUGUUUACAAUGCAACAAGUCUGUGAGGAGACUGGAGGGAUUCAAAGUACAGUUCAUUCAGCAGAAAUCAAAAAGCGGCAAAUAUUUUGAGGAUCCUUAUGUAGAAAAAUUUAUGAUCAAUUAUUUACAAGCUAUAUCAAAGGAAAAUGGAAAGAAAUUUCUUGAAAGCCUAGACAGUCAUCUGUUGGAAAGAAAAAGACAACUAGAAGUUCUAUAUGCUAUUAGAGUGGCUGAGGGUAUUGAAAAUACUCCUUCAGAGCUAAGUGCACAUGAUUGGAGAGUGAUUCUAACAUCUGUAAAGACUAAGGAGGAAUUUGAUCGUUAUUUGAAUAAGGUAUUUAUACGUCAGGAGAAAAGGCGAUUGACUGUGGAAGCUAGAAAUGAAGUAUACAACAAAUUACGUCGCCCAUGUGAUGAAGAAGAUCUACAGAUCAUUCAGCGUAUUUAUUUUAUGAAAAAUCAUUUAUCCCAUUGGAAGGGAAUGCACUCUUUACUUCACGGGAGACCUGUUGUUCUAGAUAUGGACUAUCAACCUGUCGAUGAAGACGAAACCUUUGAAACGGCACGGCAAAUUGAAAACAUGUAUAAUUGUAACCUGGAGCAUCGUCAGCCUUGCCAUUUACAUUUCACUAGUUUUCACAGAAAUGAGAUAUUGGUUAGAAUGCUAGAAAUGAAAAGAAACAUGUUUGUUGACUUUCACCGAGAAAGUUUUCACGAAGUUUUUCCGCGGGAUCGUCUUUUCUAUUUAGUUGCUGAAGGACCAGAUAUUUUACCUAAAGAGAUAGACGAUGAUACAAUUUUUGUACUUGGGGGCAUAGGGGGUUCCCCUGUGCGGAAAAGGUCACUAAAGAGAGCAGUCUCGCUAGGUAUCCCUUACGGAUGUCUUCCGGCAGAUCAAUUUGUAAGGCGAAAAAUGAGAAGUUCUAGGGUCUUUUACUUACAGACUGUGCUAAAUAUCAUGCUAGACAAAUUCGCUGGCGAUCCAUGGAAGUUAGCUUUUGAAAGACAUCUGCCGGAUGACAAGUAUCAAAAAUUUCCGGAUUUAGAAAAACCUUUAGAAGAUAAAAAAGCCAUACAAUCUUAUGUACAGUUUCAACAAUUAUACAAAAUUCUUGACAAAUGAUCUCUAUGCUGAUACUGGUAUUAUUACAGAGUAGUAAGAAGGUUAAUUGCUGGGAAUUAUACGAUUGAUAAACAAGCGGUUUUUCAUGAUUUCUCAAGAACAGCACAAGUCAAAGUGAAUAUAUACAGUGUACGUUUAUAAAUUCGCAGGAAAGAAGGUGACAUGUGCCUGUAACCGCAAAACAUCAUACAGCAAUUUUAUUUAUCCACUGUGUAUUGUCCAUACAUAUGUAUGUUCAUCAUUAACCUCUAUGUUUGGGAUGUCAGAUCUGCUGUGUUUACAAGUUUAAUCUAUGUUUACAAGGUACAUUCGUAUAUCGCAAAAAGAUCACACUGCGUCAAACAUUAGCAAACAUACAAAGGGUUACACUGUAUUCUCUAAUUAAGCUGGAAAGUUGGUCAUAUGGUUUACUGUUUACUCCUUGCGAAAAAAUUAAUUAAUUUGAAAUUAAAAGCUUUAAUGUUGGUAUUAGAUAAUUAACAGCGUUAAUGCUGUUGUUAUAAUGUGAUUUAUGAUACUGACUUCUGACUUAUUCUUUUUAGCUCACCUGUCACAAAGUGACAGGGUGAGCUUUUGUGAUCGCUUUUCGUCCGGCGUCCGUCCGGCGUCCGUAAACUUUUACUUUAAAUGACAUCUCCUCAUAAACCAAUAAGCCAAUUUCAUCCAAACUUCACAUGAAUGUUCCUUUGGUGGUCACCUUUGAAAAUUUUUCAAAGAAUUUAAUUCCAUGCAGAACUCUGGUUGCCAUGGCAACCAAAAGAAAAAACUUUAAAUAUCUUCUUCUAAAAAAUCCAAAGAGCUAGAGCUUAGAUAUUUGGCAUGAAAUAUCUUCUAGUGAGUGUCUACCAAGUUUGUUCAAAUAAAAGCCCUGGGGUCAAAAUUGAUUUUCCCUAUAUGCAUAUAGUAAAAACUUAAAAAUUCUACUUUGAAAGAACCCAAAGAGCUACAGCUAAGAUAUUUAGCAUGAAACAUCCUCUAAUGGGUGUCUACCAAGUUUGUUCAAAUAAAAGCCCUGGGGUCAAAAUUGGCCCCGUCCCAGGGGGUCAUUGAUUUUCCCUAUAUGCAUAUAGUAAAAACUUAAAAAUUCUACUUUGAAAGAACCCAAAGAGCUACAGCUAAGAUAUUUAGCAUGAAACAUGUUCUAAUGGAUGUCUACCAAGUUUGUUCAAAUAAAAGCCCUGGGGUCAAAAUUGGCCCCGUCCCAGGGGGUCAUUGAUUUUCCCUAUAUGCAUAUAGUAAAAACUUAAAAAUUCUAGUUUGAAAGAACCCAAAGAGCUACAGCUAAGAUAUUUAGCAUGAAACAUGUUCUAAUGGAUGUCUACCAAAUUUGUUCAAAUAAGAGCCCUGGGGUCAAAAUUGGCCCCGCCCCGGGGGUUAUUGAUUUUCCUUAUAUGUGUAUAGCAAAAACUUAAAAAUCUUCUUGUAAAGAACCCAAAGACCUAGAGCUAAGAUAUUUAGCAUGAAACAUGUUCUAAUGGAUGUCUACCAAGUUUGUUCAAAUAAGAGCCCUGGGGUCAAAAUUGGCCCCGCCCCAGGGGGUCAUUGAUUUUCCCUAUAUGCAUAUUGCAAAAACUUAAAAAAUCCUCUUGUAAAGAACCCAAAGACCUAGAGCUAAGAUAUUUAGCAUGAAACAUCCUCUAAUGGAUGUCUACAAAGUUUGUUCAAAUAAGAGCCCUGGGGUCAAAAUUGGCCCUGCCCCGGGGGUCAUUGAUUUUUCCUUAUAUGUGUA